AUGCCAGGCUACAGGUGGGUAAGUCGCGCCGGCGCUCAAUCGCUGCCAGAUGCCGCGGUCCAGGGUGGCCGCGAUUCGGACGGAACUACGAUUUACGUCGGCAGAGCUUUCCAUGAAGGCGAUAUGGUGCCGGCGAAAGUGAUGCCUGAUAAAGGUGUCGCUUAUAUUUGUUACGGAGGCGAGGAACAUCCCAAGUAUAAUUACGAAGUCCUCUGCCAAAGCGAUUUCGCAUGGGAAUUUGCCAGUAAUGGUCAAGUACCAGGAGACGCGGUAGUCGCUGGCCAAACCUCAGACGGAGAAUCUCUGUAUAUUGGCCGUGUCUUCCAUAACGGAUCUCAAACAGUUGGCAAGGUACAACCGAGUCACGGAUGCCUAUACAUUCCCUACGACGGUGAGGAGUUAUCGUUCAAGGAUUACGAAGUGCUCGUCAGUCAUUAA